UUCUUUUUGCCUAUUCGAUUGUCAACGUGACGGUCGAUUGCAUUAGUGGUUUUGUAGGAGCCAAACUCACAUUUCACUUGCUAGUGUACUCAACCAACUGCACUCACCGACUUGAAUCCCGUGGAUUGUUUCUCACCAUCGCUACAAUCCAGUCAAUUGUCCAUUCUGGUAAAUCCCGUUUUCACUGCAAGUAGAAAGGACUGCUAUAGUUUAUAGCAGUUUACGUGCGAAUUUAUCCAACCUAGAACGGUUUUGUGCAACGUACUGCCACGAAUUCAUCCUAAUAAGCUAGCUUGUAUGAUGACCACUGCCAUGACUUCUCCUCCAGCUGCUGAUGUAGCCCCAACAGCCAUUGAUUCCACUGCGGACAUCGUAAAGACGGAUUCGCAAGAAACGCUGCAUAUGUCAUCCACUUUUGAUCAAUAUCGUGACGAUUCUAACAGCAAUCUUGUGCCCUCAAUGAGAAUCAAACCUUCGAGCUGGGCCGAAGGUCCAUGCAGUUCAGAAACUAGCUCUCCAUCUGCCUCAUUUCCACUUGCUUAUGUAGACUCUGAAUACGGCACUUCUGGAAAUAAUCCUACCGCUCCUGACUCUUCAAAGCGAUUAGAAAGCUUUUUUGGUUUUGUGUCGACUCCUUUGGAUGCUGCCAUUCUUAUUCAUGCCGCUUGCUCUCAAUCUGACAUUGUUACGCCCAUCAAACGUCGAUUGCUAUCUGUCGAGCGUGACCUCAUUCGGUCAGGAUCCAUUUUUGUUUUUACCGAGUCUGACUCGGGUAUGAAAAGAUGGACGGAUGGCAUGCGCUGGUCAAAGUCGCGUGUUGAAGGACAGUUUUUGGUAUAUCGUCGUGUUGAUCCUAAGCGUCCUAGUAGUGGAUUUGUAGCUUCUACUGGUGCGGUGACACCAUCUGGACCAAAGCCUGCAUCUUCUCUUGACUCUGCGCCUGCUUCUGGCUACACUACUCCAAAUGGUACCAAUACGACUUCCGUUACUGUUCAACCACGAACCGCUUUUUGGCUUGAUGCGGUCGACGCAUCUAAUUCCCAGUUAUGUGUUGAUCAAAACAUGCCCUGUAGUGCAUCUAGUAUGGACAAUGAAGACCACGUACAUGAUUAUAUUACAGUGGCUAGCAAUAGCAACGCCGCUACCGUUACUGGCAGUCAUGUUGGCGAGCCUCUCUCUUCAACAGCUCUUGCUUCAUCCAACGCAGCCUGUCUUGCAUGGGCCCCAGACUCUCAACAAUUUUAUGCACUAGGAAAGCGAUCUCACUCUCCUACCCGAUCUUCGGUUCAUCAUCUACCCCUACCAACUCGACCUUCCAGUGCCAUGUCAUACAAUUCCGCACCUGCAAGUAGUCCAGCAGCUACAGACGAUUAUGACAAGGGUGCAAUCGAGGAUGUUGAAUAUUCAGGUUUUAUGGCUUCAAAUCCAGUGAUGAAACGCCAACGCACCUUGGAAAACUCUAUGCCAACACGUCUGCAUUCUGCACCAAUCAUGCGCCGUCAAACUUCGACUGAAUCGACUAUAUCUACAACCUCGUUUGGAAGUGCAGGAGGAUCUCCGUACACGGACGAUACGUUGUCUAAAAAGACAUUUUCUGUCAAGAUCCGAGGUGUUGUGUCGCAUGUGAUUUGUUAUUUCACGCGCAUGGAUGUUGCAUCUGGUAUUUUGCCCAUUCCUGCCAGCUGUAAAGGGUUUGCAGACUUGGUUGUACCUCGCGAAUAUCUCGAUCCAGGAAACUUUCGUCUCCAUCCUAAAGGCUCUACUUUUGGUUCAGUAUCAGCAACACCCUCUAUGUCGUCGGAUGUAAAGGUUGCGUCUGUUGUCAACCAGUUUGGUGAUGUAUCUGCUAAUCCAGAAAUCACCUCACGACCGCGAUCAAUUGCACCAGCAUCAUCAAGCACUAGACUACCACGAUCAUCUUCAUCGUCAUCAUUGUCUUCCAAGAAAAAGUCGUUGUUGGGCAAUGGCAAUGAUCUUUUUUCUACUCCUCCGCCUCAAUCCUUCCUUUCAUGCAUUAUUGCAGCUGCUGAAUCAAUACACUUUAACGAAAUGGAUCAUGCCAAUCAUAUGGACACUGUAUGCACCGAUCAGCCAUGGAUAUCCCCAUAUUCACUUCCAACUCCGCCACCAUCAAGCAAAUCCAGCAACGCCCAACCAAUUAGCAAAAGAUCCAUUCGUAGUCGUUUACGCAGUGAGCGCCUUGUGACAAUCACUCUUGCAGAAGCAACGCUUUACGAUGUACCUCUUCCACUAGAAUUUCAGGAUCUUCACGAGCAGAUUUCACAGCUGUUUGCGGUUUCUAAUGCCAAGAGUCUGUGCAUCACUCUUGCAGGAUUAGGAGAAAUAUGUGAUAUUGAAACAUUUUCUUUGAUUCACUCUGGUGAUGUGUUGAAUGUUACACUCAGGACAUCACCAUUACUUGCGUACAAGUGUGAGACACUUUUGCCUGUCAUCAAGGCCGAACCACGCUCUGAACCUCGUAUUACUCCUGAAGUAGGAGGUAUGGUAGCAGGCUUGAACGAUAUGAGUGACUUGUCCGAGGCUACCACCCAGGCAGCACUUGCACUGGCUACUCUGUCGGGUGCUUCGGGUGAUUCCAGCUCCAUGAACUGGCAACCUAAUCCUGUUUCCCAUGGAGCGCUUGCAUCAACCUCUGUACUCUAGUGAGGUCGGCUUGGUUGGAAUCUAUAGUCAAAUGCCGUCCUUGGCUUCAGUUUAAAGACCUUUGAUCCUAAUUCUAGAUCUUGACGAUUUCCUUCUGCCGUCGCACUUCCCUGUGCUGCUUUUGCUUACUUGCCCGUUAUUAUUUGUUACUACUACCUCACAAACAUCCUUUGUUCAUCCCUUAUUCCAACGCAAGUCUAUUUUUCAUUGACCAGAAAUUACUGCAUCCAAACAUUUGUGGGCCGCAGAUAUGCAGCUUAUUGCCACUCAUUGCUGCUAUUGCAUAUUCGUGAGAAUGGUCAUGUUGGAUAUUCAAAUAAACCACAUUUAUUAGACCGUUUC